AUGCCUUCCCACCAGCCUGUCGCAGGCGAGAUGGCCAUCGACCCUCAGUUUGUCUCGCAGCCAUCCGCCAUGGCUAGCACAGCCGAGCCGAACCGCAACCCCAAGUACGACCCCAAGAAGCCGCACAUAACAGAUCUUCCCAUUACGAGGGGCAACUGGUACAAGCACGUCAAUUGGCUCAAUGUCUUCCUCAUUGUUGGCAUUCCCUUGAUGGGCUGCGCCUACGCUUUCUGGACCCCGCUUCGCUGGCAGACCGCCCUCUGGGCUGUCAUCUACUACUUCUGGACCGGUCUCGGCAUUACUGCCGGCUACCAUCGCCUCUGGGCACACAAGUCAUACAACGCUUCUCUUCCGCUGAAGAUCUUUCUCGCUGCCGUGGGCGGCGGAGCCGUCGAGGGCUCCAUCCGCUGGUGGAGCCGUGACCAUCGCGCCCAUCACCGCUACACGGACACGAACAAGGAUCCCUAUAGUGUUCGCAAGGGCCUUCUGUACAGCCACUUUGGAUGGAUGCUCAUGAAGCAGAAUCCCAAGCGUAUCGGCCGUACCGACAUCACCGACUUGAACGAAGAUCCGGUUGUUGUCUGGCAACACAAGAACUACCUCAAGGUCGUUUUCUUCAUGGGUUUGAUAUUCCCGACCAUUGUCGCUGGACUUGGCUGGGGUGACUGGCUUGGUGGUUUCAUCUACGCUGGUAUCCUCCGCAUCUUCUUCGUACAGCAGGCCACAUUCUGCGUCAAUUCCCUCGCUCACUGGCUCGGCGACCAGCCCUUCGACGACCGUAACAGUCCCAGGGAUCACGUCAUUACUGCUAUUGUCACUCUCGGCGAAGGGUACCACAACUUCCACCACGAGUUUCCCUCUGACUACCGCAAUGCCAUCGAGUGGCACCAGUAUGAUCCCACCAAGUGGAGCAUUUGGCUCUGGAGCAAGCUCGGCCUCGCCUACGACCUCAAACAGUUCCGCUCGAAUGAAAUUGAGAAGGGUCGCGUUCAACAGCUACAGAAGAAGCUCGAUCAGAAGCGAUCUAAGCUCGACUGGGGUGUUCCUCUCGAACAGCUCCCUGUUAUCGAGUGGGACGACUACGUUGAGCAGGCUAAGAACGGCCGUGGCCUCGUCGCUGUUGCUGGUAUCGUUCACGAUGUAACCGACUUCAUUGCCGAACACCCUGGCGGCAAGGCGCUCAUCAGCAGUGGUAUUGGCAAAGACGCUACCGCCAUGUUCAACGGUGGUGUUUAUCUACACUCCAAUGCCGCCCACAACCUCCUCUCCACCAUGAGGGUUGGUGUUAUCCGUGGUGGCUGUGAGGUUGAGAUCUGGAAGCGCGCUCAGAAGGAGAACAAGGACGUCCAGAUCGCCAAGGACGAGGCUGGCAACCCGAUCAUCCGGGCUGGUAACCAGGCCACAAAGGUUCACCAGCCUAUCGUCAGCGCAAGCGCGGCGUAA